UGACGUUACAGGCGUGUACAAGAUUGAAGUCAUAAUGUAUCCCGAUGUCAUUCAGUCAACACAAGGGGUAACACAGGAACAUAAUGUAACAAUUGGUUCCCCUGUAUGUCCAAGUCAAUUUGACGUAAAAUUAAUCAAUAAUGACAGCGUCAUCAUCUCAUGGACACCUGGCCACAAUGGCGGACUAACACAGACAUUUGUUUUCUAUAGCCACACAAACACCAGCUUAGAUAGGACCUUGGUAGCUGCUGUUGUUGAUGAUAACAAUAAAAGUAUGGUUUACACUGUAAGGAACCUCCACAUGAACAUGUCCCUUGUUUUCACUGUUGACGUUAAAAAUAUGCUCAGUACAACAGUGUGUCCAGAUUUAAAUUUCAGCGUGAAUGUCUCAGUCCUGCCAGAAGUAGUUCUGUCAUGUCCUAUCGCUGAAGAAGGAAAACAGAAUCACUCGCUGUCGUGCCGUGUAGAGACCUAUGAAGUUUCCCGAAAUACAAGCAUCCAGUUCUGUAGAAACAACAUUAAAAAUGUGUGUCCUACAAAUGGCUACACUACAAGUAAUCAAACAGUUGGCUCUAACAUCACAUCACAACUAAACAUCAGCACAGUAAGGAGAAAAGACGAGGGGACAUGGACGUGUUUUAUAAGUUUUACAGUAAGAUCCGGUACACAUAACAUGAACAAGAGCUGCAACCUAGCAGUUUACGCCACCCCACAAACCCCAGUCUGCCAACACACCUCUAACACCACCCACGUCCUAGUGACUUCCUCCACAUCUAAAGUUUACCCAGAGGCGGUAUGUAUAUGGGAGGCGUCGUUUGGUGUAGACCGGAUAGAGGUUCUACUAGAGUCUACCCAACACAAGACAUACAUACUGGAUGAAACUGUUUACUACAACACGACAUGUACGGCAAGUUUUAGGCCUGACUUUACAGGAGUGUUUAAGAUUAAAGUCACAAUGUAUCCCGAUUUCAUUCAGUCAACACAAGGGGUAACACAUGAUUAUGUUAUAACAAUAGGGCCUCCCGACUGUCCAAAUCUAUUUGACGUAAAAUUAAAAAAUAAUGACAGCGUCAUCAUCUCAUGGAUACCUGGCCACAAUGGCGGACUAACACAGACAUUUGUUUUCCUUAGCCACAGAAGCACCAGCUUAAAUAGGACCGUAGUAGCAACUGUUGUUGAUGAUAACAAAGAAAUUAUGGUUUACAUUGUAAGAAACCUCUAUAUGGAUACGUCGCUUGUAUUCUCCGUUCAAGUACAAAAUGUGCUCAGUGCUACAGAGUGUCCACAUUUAGAUGUCAGUCUGGUGGUUUCAGAUUCACGAAAAAUUGAUUCGGGAAGUGAAGUGUCAGACACGAACUUACUUUACUACAUCAUUCCACCAUGUUUAGUGGUUCUCAUAGGUUUUGUAAUAGCACUAUCUGUCAAAAAAGGAUGCACUGCUUAUAAAAGAAAGAGACAACAUAAAACAGAGCCUAAUCUAAACACAACAUCAUUGAACCUGCCCCUUGACGAAGAUGGUUAUCUUUUAGUGCUUGGUACGUCUGUUGGUUCGCCUCCUAUUGAAAAUAUAUACAGAAACGUACAUCCAGCUGUAGGCUUUGACGUUGAACCCGAGUCAGUUGGAAAUGUAAGAGUUGACAAUACGAGAAUUUGUGAACAUGCACUGGAAGGUUCAAACAGCGAAAAUCCUUACAAUGUCAUACAAGAAACAGAGCAUAGCAUGUGCCAAGUAGGCGCUAAUGAAGAAACAAAUCCGUCAACACGACAGGAAACAGAUCAAACACGAUCAGUGGGAAAUCUUUCCGGACCGCCCAAACUAUCCGACCUAAUGAAUGUUUAUGAUAGACUUGACGAAAACUCUUACAAUGAUUAUCUAGACGUUUAUAAUAUCCCUAACUAA